AUGAGUAAAGCUGGUGCUGUGGGUCGCGGCCUUUACGCUACUUUGGCAUUCUUAGUGAAUGCUCUGCUUCGUGUUGGCAUCAAUCUAUCUUUGGUAGCUGCUAUUGCUGUUACUGUCUACGCUAUGGGCGCAUUUUCCAGAGAGGCUCUCAAACAGCGGAAAGAGGGUAAGUGCUGUAGGAUAUCUUUUUGUGCCCACUUAGCCCAUUCAUACCUUAGUAAUUGCUUUUCACCUAUAGGAACACGGCGCGUUCCUUUUGUUACUUUGUAAAU